AUGUCGUUUACUGGAGCCUCAGACCGCAGCGUCCCGGCCACCAAGAUCGAGAUCACCGUGUCUUGCCGGAAUCUGCUGGAUCUCGACACCUUUUCCAAGUCCGACCCCAUGGUGGUGCUCUUCACGCAAACUAGAGCCAGCCAAGAGUGGCGGGAGUUCGGCCGGACCGAGGUAAUCGACAACACGCUGAACCCGGAUUUCCUCCGCAAAUUUGUGCUGGAUUACUUCUUUGAAGAAAAACAGAACCUGCGCUUCGAUGUGUACAACGUGGACUCUAAAACCAACAUCUCCAAGCCGAAGGAUUUCUUGGGACAGGCGUUCCUAGCACUGGGAGAAGUAAUCGGAGGGCAGGGAAGCCGUGUGGAACGGCCACUCACGGGUGUUCCUGGGAAGAAGUGUGGAAGCAUUCUGCUGACUGCAGAGGAGCUCAGUAAUUGCCGGGACAUUGCCACAAUGCAGCUCUGUGCCAACAAGCUAGACAAGAAGGAUUUCUUUGGCAAGUCUGAUCCUUUCCUAGUCUUCUACCGGAGCAAUGAGGAUGGCACGUUCACCAUCUGCCACAAGACUGAGGUAGUGAAGAACACGCUGAAUCCUGUGUGGCAGCCCUUCACCAUUCCUGUGAGGGCCCUCUGCAAUGGAGACUAUGACAGGACGGUGAAGAUAGAUGUAUAUGACUGGGACCGGGAUGGAAGCCAUGACUUCAUUGGAGAGUUCACUACUAGUUACAGGGAACUAACAAAGGCCCAAAGUCAGUUCACGGUAUAUGAGGUUCUCAAUCCCCGGAAGAAAUGUAAGAAAAAGAAAUAUGUCAAUUCAGGGACGGUGACACUGCUCUCCUUCACUGUGGAUUCUGAAUUCACUUUUGUUGAUUAUAUUAAAGGAGGGACUCAGCUGAACUUCACUGUGGCCAUAGACUUCACAGCCUCCAAUGGGAACCCACUGCAGCCCACAUCUCUGCACUACAUGAGCCCCUACCAGCUCAGUGCUUAUGCCAUGGCACUCAAGGCCGUAGGGGAAAUCAUCCAGGACUACGACAGCGACAAGCUCUUCCCUGCUUAUGGUUUUGGAGCCAAGCUGCCCCCCGAGGGACGCAUCUCCCACCAGUUCCCUCUGAACAACAACUCUGAGGACCCAAAUUGUGCAGGCAUUGAGGGCGUCCUGGAGAGUUACUUCCAGAGCCUUCGGACUGUCCAGCUCUAUGGUCCCACCUACUUUGCCCCAGUUAUCAACCAGGUGGCCAGAGCUGCAGCAAAGGUCUCUGAUGGCUCCCAGUACUAUGUGUUGCUCAUCAUCACAGAUGGGGUGAUCUCAGAUAUGACACAGACCAAGGAGGCCAUUGUCAGCGCCUCCUCAUUGCCCAUGUCUAUCAUCAUUGUUGGGGUGGGGCCAGCCAUGUUUGAAGCAAUGGAAGAACUUGAUGGAGACGAUGUCCGUGUGUCUUCUCGUGGCCGCUAUGCAGAGAGGGACAUCGUACAGUUUGUGCCAUUCCGAGACUACAUUGACCGCUCUGGGAACCAGGUGCUGAGCAUGGCAAGACUGGCAAAAGAUGUGCUGGCUGAGAUCCCAGAACAGCUGCUAUCAUACAUGCGCACCCAUGACAUUCAGCCUCGGCCUGCCCCCAAUGCCGACCCCAGCCCCACCGCCCUGCAGCCCUGAGGGGCUGGUCCUUCUGCCCUAUCGCUUCCUGUGUAGUCACCUAGAGGGCUGGGUUGAGCUGGGCUGGGCCCAGCUCCAGGUCCCAGAGCUGAGUGAAAGGGUCAGCCUCAUACCAAGCUGUCCUCCUAGGAACCUGCCUCCAGCUGGUGGGUGGGACUGACUGAGAAAGGCAUGCCACAUCCUUCCCCCAACCCCAAUGCCAACUGAGAAGGGGCCUGUGCCCUCAGCUGAGUCCUUACGCCAAUAAUAAAGCUGAG